AUGAAGAAGCUUUUCACCUUAUGGAGAAGGAAGGAUGAGCCCCACAUCCAGCCAGGCUACAACCUUCGAGAUAAGAAUUUAAAGAAACUUCACAAAGCUGUCUCGGUCAGGGAUUUAGAGAAGGUGAAGGAGUAUCUUCAGCUCAAGAAACAUGAUGUGAACAAGCGGAACAGAGAACACAGAACACCUUUGCACCUGGCCUGUGCUAAUGGAUAUUCAAAUAUUGUGUGUCUCUUAAUUGAGAAACAGUGCAAAGUAAAUAUCUGGGAUGGUGAAAACAGAUCUCCAUUGACUAAGGCAGUACAGUGUGACCAGGAGAGUUGUGCAACCAUUCUUCUAGAACACGGUGCAGACCCAAACCUGGUGGAUUUAGAUGGCAAUACUGCUCUUCAUUAUGCUGCCUGUCAUCAGAGUGUCUCAUUAGUUGCAAAAUUGCUUGAACAUAAAGCUAAUCUUGAAGCUCAAAAUAAGAUAGAUGGGUAUACUCCACUUUUACUUGCCAUUACUGAAAAUAAUGCAGAAAUGGUAGAAUUUCAUCUAAAGAGUGGGGCAGAUGUGAAUGUUUCAGAUAAGAAACAAAGAACAGCCCUUGUGAUUGCUCUCAGUGAUGAACCAACAAGUUUAGUCAGUCUUCUUAUUCAGCAAGAAGUGGACCUAUCUUGCCAAGAUAUUUAUGGAUUCACAGCUGAGGAAUAUGCUUCUUUCAAUGGUUUUACUAUACCCUGA